AUGCCCUUAGAAUCCCCCGGUACUGAUAAUGCUAGCAUAAAGGAGGUGUCUAAGCGGCUCUGUAUCAUUAGCGGAUUCCUCGUCUGUACCAUCAAAGCUGGAACGCUCAAAAUAGUGAGUCCAUAUACUCCCUCCCUGAGACUUACACAGUCUGAAAAGCGCACAAUGAGGGGAAUUCCUCUUCGCGACAUUGAGGAACUCCUUCAUCACGAAUCGGACCUCUUUCCUUGCAAUUGUGAACGUCUGUUCGAAGCAUUGGCGACGGAGAAAAAACACUUUUAUGGCAAAAUGUGGAACAUGAAGGUCGUAGACCCCCAUGACAUGCAAAGACCCGCCAAAGAUAUUUUGGAAGUGCCUGUUGUAGGAAUUGUGUUUCCGGAAAAAGUCAACAAGUAUUUGUUUUAUUCACCGAAGGCACUUGUACAGAUUCCGUCGACAAAGUAUGGAGGGCCUUCAGCUGGGAGUACCAGUAGAUUUUAUUCUCCGGAAACGAAGGGCAUGAAAAAAGGAAUUGCGAAGACUUCCCAACAGGCCAAACACGACGUGAACUCCAGCAAAAAAAUUGCGCAAUGUGUGGAGCACCAUGAGGAACAUGAGCCGGGAUUUAGAUUUAUACAUUCUCGGCCUAGCAUUCCGUCUAGAGUCUCACAGGAUGCAAGGUGUACCCAUUUUUCUUUAGUCGGAUGCACCGAUAUUUUUCACGCUCUAAAAUUCGGGGCAGAUGAGCGCAAGGAUCUUUUGAUGUAUGGCCUGGACGCUCGAUUUUUCGGGAACAUUGAAAUGUACAAACAACAGUUGUGGCAAUACGCGGGGUGUUUGGAGGUCUCACACGCAUCAUGUUUAUCCUACAGCUCACACAGAUUGCUAGAAGCGCUUGCUUUUGUAUCAAGCGUGUUUCCUCCAGAAAAAUACAAUGAGGAAAUAAAGUUUUGCAGCGUACAUGGGCUGCCGAGUUGGCAGCGGAGGCUUCAUGAGCUUAUGGAUGAUGUGCUGCAGAGCUAUAGUGUGGUGUAUCGGAACUAUCAUCAAAUUUUACGCCGCAGCAUAGGCGUUUCAGUGCAGUGCAAUGCCUUGAAAGUGACCGAGCAAUAUAACCAGACGUGGCAGGCCCUUCGAUCAAAGGAAGUUGUGUGGUUCUUCAGUACAGGAGAGUUGAUAGGGUGUCCGACGAAAGAAUGCUGUCCUAAAUGUGUAGAGCUACGCAUCAAAAGCGGUAAAACGCCCUGGUGCCGCGACUACCCAAUACUAGCAGAAUACCUGGAGGCACAGAUGGAGAGCACAAGAGAAAACCCGAGCAUCUACAACGAGGACCGAGACAUGUUUUUAAGAAGGGAUAGUCCCGUGUCGUGCUAUCAUUACAAGCUGAUGAUGUUUGGAAUGUUUCAUAACAAGGAGUUCCGUAACACGGUGUGGGCUCGGCUUCCUGAGCUGCCGAGAGUGGGUAUGUUUACACACUGGCUAAGAUUGUGUGCUGUAGAAGCUGAUUGCAACGGGGAGAAGGUUCCUCUAUACAUGAUUGUUGCAACAUGGUUCUAUCACGAGAGUAAGAAGGGCGUGGGUUUAGUGAUGAUGUAAUUUGACGAAGACUUGGUGGAGCUCCUAUAAGCCCAGUGUUGCGAAUCGGGAUGGCGGAAAAUAGCUGGUAUAGUUCCUGGCUUAGGUGGAGAGCGUGGCUGAGGUCGGGCCUUCAUUGGACAAGUUCCCGUCAGAAACUUUGAAUUAGAUAUCGUUUGCGGGCAAGUGUCCGCAUCUUCUUGUUGUAGCACGUAAUGGGAUCGACUGAGGUGAAGCUCUUGAGGAAAGGGGCUCUUCGAAUGUUGUCAUGUGUGAAACAGCUUGCUGAAAGGGCUAGCAUGUGAUACAAAUGGCAAAGAAAAACAAAGCAGAAGUUUUUGAGGCACAUGCCCUUGAAACGGGAUCUAGACUGCGAUAAAGCAGGCAAACAAUUGUUAAAGCAAUUGACUUAUGCUUUUGAAAAACGUUCAUGUGAUUGUCAAAAGUAAAUUUUGUGAUCAAUCUUAGCAGCUCACACUACGGUUGUGAUUCCCAUCAGUAUCGUGGGUGUUAUGGAAUUAUCCUCCCGCAUUUCUCUCAGUGCAAUGGAAGAGGAGUGCGUAAAGUAUUCCAGAUUCUUAUUCGCUGUCUUUUGUAAAAGAUAACGCAACCCUCUACCCACCUCCCAAUCAAAACAAUCUGAUCAAUGAACAUUAAUUGAAUAGCAAGUUAAGAUAACUCAUCACAUGACCUAUAUGCACGUGGUAUUUAAUUUGUGCAUAUGUAUGCAUGAUGGCGCAUAUACCCAUGUACAAAUAUGUAAGGCAAAAUAAGGGACAUAGAGCAUGUGACGAUAUGAAAAAACAUUACUAUCUGACUCAGUCCGGAAUGUUCGCAAGAGUGAGAGAGCGCCGUAAAAAGGAGCUCAAAGCAAGCGACAUUGACAAGACUUGGUCGUGGAGCCGCCAACAGAGACCAAUGACAGUGUCAUUGAGAGUGUUGUCACGGAAGGUUUAGCCCCCGACAAUCUUGUGGUAGCAGGCCAGACUCUUUUUGGCAGGAAUUCCCACUUCCAGAACUCCCAACAAUAUCUGGCCCUUGCUUAUCAGACUGCUGGUCGAAACAGCAAACACACGGAAAGCUCACAAGUGCUCUGCAAGAAACUCUGUCAAGACCGGAGGUUAACGGUGUCGACAACUUUUCAUUCGAGGGGAUAGACGGGGAGACGGGUCUACAUCAUACGCCAUGCAAGAGGAAUUCUGUCAAAGAUAGAUCCAGUGGUUAGGACUGGACAAAAUCGUGCCAAGCAUCGAAGCAAGAAACAAAAGAGUGGAAGAGCCAGCAAGAGUUGGCUCCCCACUUGAUGCAGACGACUUUUUAGAAGCUGUCAGGCCAAUCUACGUCCCCAAAUUCCAAUUCCAGGCUGUUGACCUGCUCUUGGCAUGCGUGAACACGUACAUGGCAGAACAGCAGGUCAUUGCAGUACAAGCGGCUACCGGAUUCGGCAAGACUCUCCUUUUCCAACUUCCACUUUUGUGCUAUGCAAAGAGGAAGAUGGAUAUUGUUUCUUCUGGCGGGCACCAUUAGCAGACUUGACCAAGGGGGAUUGAAAAUGGCAAUGACCAAAGGCCUUUUGCGUGAGUCGAUAUUCGGAGACUACAAGUUGAUGCCGCAGGUGAAAGAUUUAUUGAUAUGAUAAACAACUGGUCUUCGAAGCCUGGUCUUUUUGUUAUCGAUGAGUUCCACAACCUGCAUGACGAGAAGAGUUAGCGUGGUUUAUUCUUUGCUCAGUUGAAGAGUAUUUACUUUAACCAUUUCAGACGACUAGUGCUCAUAACCGCUACCGGUACACAAGGUUCCGCAGAGGGAGUUCUUAAAUAACUCGGCAUUGAAAGACCUAUGGAAGAGGGACACACCUGGAAGGGCGAGCUUCGGAGAACCGAGCCCGCGGUGACGCAUGUCUACAAACACUCCAUCAACAUGAAAGGUGACGGAUUACAGCAGGCUUUGAUGUAUCUGCAUUGACUAUUUGACUACGACGUUAGUUCCAAGGCAGUGUUAGUAGUGGGAAGAACGGCUGGCGUCGAACAUCUCUAGUGAGGUUGCUACCAGGAUCAUGACAGCCUCGCUACUAGCGAGAAACUACGAAGGGUCAACCUUUUUCUGAAAUACAACAGACAAAGGGUGGAAGCACUAAUACUAAUGGUCAUCUAACUAAACUACCAGCCCAAAGUGAGUGAGUAUAUCCAACGUGUGGAACGCACUCGGACCUCGGGAAUAAAAAUUGCACUGUGGAAGAAUCAGGGCCAUACCGAUAGAUCUUUUAUCGAUUACCGUGAGUGUGCUACUUCACAGAUCUUCAGGGACUACCAAUUACCACAGCAACAACACGCCGGAUGUUGCAAUGAUUUUGAGUCUGUGUCGGAGAGUAAGAAAGAUAUUCUACAGUGUGGUACUUGACCAGGGAGUGAGUGCCCCGAU